AUGAGAAUGGCCUUGCCCCCAGGAAUACCAACCCUCCAACACUCAGUGUCAAAACGAUGGUCACGACCGGAUAAUGUCUGGUGCUCGGACAGUUUGCUUGAUUUGGUCCUAGAAUGUGAUACACUGCCAGCGCUCCGGAGUCCCACCUCUGAUUAUCUCCCGAUCAUCACCACAAUCGCCGCAGACGCCACCCGUAUCACGCUUACUCCUACACGCAACACCCGCCUUGCAGACUGGGAAGAGUUCAAUGACUACCUCCGAAACGAGCUAGAGAGACUUCCCGCACCUGGACCGCUUACAUCUAAAGAGGAACUCGAAGCGGCAGCUAGCGCGCUCACAAAGGCGGUACAGGCGGCCAUUGCAGCGAAGAUCCCUCUAUCUUCGAUCAAACCCGAACUGAAACGCUGGUGGACCCGCGAACUCACCGAGCUCAAGAAACGAGUUGCAGUCCUCAACAAAGUGUCGCAUCAGUGGCAUGGACUGCCUGACCACCCGGUACACGCAGCAUGCCGGCGAUUGAGGCGGGAGUACCGGAAUGCCAUCCUGACGGCCAAACGGACCCACUGGGAGGAUUGGCUAGAACAUGUGGGAGAGCGGGAUGUGUGGACGGCGAAUCGCUACACAGUGUCAACUGGAUCAGACGGAGGCUCGACACGGCUACCCACCCUCACUCAUAUGGAUGAAAGUGGCAACAAGGUCAAGGUGUCGACUAACGAGAACAAGAGCGAACUCCUCGCACGCUUUUCUUCCCGCCCCUGCCAGCAGAGAGUGGUUGCUCUUAGCCCCUACAAGGUGCCCGGCCCGGACGGAAUCCAGAACAUCAUGCUGAUGCGCAGUGCUGAUCUGCUCAUUCCUUAUCUUCUAUGGAUCUAUCGUGCUAUCCUCGACCUGAAGACAUACUAUGAUGCCUGGCACGAGUUCUUGACAGUGGUCUUACGCAAACCUGGCAAACCCAACUACAUGGUUCCAAAGGCUUACUGA